AUGUUCUCAUCAACAGCUAUGCGAAUGCAGGAAUACGACGAUACAAACCCAGAACUCUUCAAAUUCCUCGUCAGUGCUAGAGGAAUUACAUAUAUUGCUUUGGCUGGAUUAUUUGUUUUCUUAUCCGCCACACUUGUUUUGAACUUCCUUGGCGAAACUGCUAUUAUGUAUUAUGCAGUUGCCAUUCUUGCGGCUUUCUUCUUUAUUCGUCACAUUGUUGGCGAAAACAAGGUCAGACUUCCAUCUCAGGCCAAUACUUACCAUGUUAAAUGUCAGUAA